AUGGCGCCAUCUGUUCUUCUUAACACGCAAAUCGCACUAUGCCUGGUGUUACUCGCGCUUGUACACUCCUCAGGCGCCGAUGUAUCAAACGCCGUGAAGGAGCACUCGCUACGUCUCAUCACCGACGAGCUUGACUGGCCGACAUCGUCGAUGUACGACGGAAUUGACGAGAUCGAUGGCGUAAACGACGAAGAUGGCUCCACCGUCGCCGGUCGGAGAUCUCUGUUCUGGAAGAGGUUUGGAUACUACAUUUCCUAUGGCGCACUCUCCGCUAACAGAGUCCCAUGUCCGCCGCGAUCCGGCCGAUCAUACUACACUCAUGAAUGUUGGAGAGCCAGAGGUCCCGUUCAUCCUUACACUAGAGGUUGCUCCGCCAUCACUCGUUGUCGCCGGUGA